AGAGGUCAGUAGAAGUCAGUAGUACUGAAACUGGCAAGCAGAAGACGAUGAGUAUUCGUGUGGGUUUUCUGUUACAUUUACUCUCACUCAAUUUCUUGCACUCUCUCUCACUCAUAAUUUCAUUGCUCUUCAGCUUUCUUAUUCUAUUUUUAGCCUACGAACCAUGACUUUACAACACUCCCACUACCCCCCUAUUUCCUCCUUUAUGUCAUCAUCAUCCAUGGAGAAAUUCAAGCAAAUGGCUUCUGUUUCUGUUUCUGUUUCUUCAGGUAGUAGCUUCAACAGUGCUCAAUCACCUGUACCACCCAAGAAUAUUUGUUACUGUAACUCUACAUUUUAUGAUGCUCACCAUAUGGGAAUUUCAGCACCACUGGCCAAAUGCUGCAGCAGUUGCUUGGAGAAUAACCAAAACAGUGAGGUGGUGGUGGAUGAUGAUAAAUAUAGUGGUGAUGAUAAAUGUUUAGUUAGUGGAGAGGAAAUGACGAUGGAUGAUGGGCAGAGUUCGAAAAUUUGUGCUCGAGGCCAUUGGAAGCCAGCUGAAGAUGCUAAACUUAAAGAACUUGUUUCUUUUUAUGGUCCUCAGAAUUGGAAUCUUAUAGCAGCAAAGUUGCAAGGAAGAUCAGGUAAGAGUUGCAGAUUGAGAUGGUUCAAUCAACUAGACCCCAGAAUCAACAGAAGUGCAUUUAGUUCCGAGGAGGAAGAGAAGUUAAUGGCAGCUCAUAGGGUUUUUGGUAACAAAUGGGCUUUGAUUGCGAGAGUUUUCCCUGGAAGAACUGACAAUGCAGUGAAAAAUCAUUGGCAUGUUAUAAUGGCUCGAAAAUACAGAGAGCAGUCUGUUAAUUAUAGGAGGAAGAAACUGAGUCAUGCUAAUGGUGGUGAUUCUGCAUGCAGAGACAGUAGCGUUCCCAAUCUUUGCAAUGGCCGCAUUUUAAAACCAGCAGCUAACUUGGCAUUUGAAAGUUCAAGUAGUUGUGUUAAUAAUGGCAGAGUUAUGUCUGUUAGAAGCAGCAAUUUGGUUUCUCAGCAGACAGCUUUUGAUUUCUUUGCUGGGCGCAACAAGAGUUGUGAAGAGAGUAUGAAUGAGGAGAGUUGGAAUGUGCCUAAAAAUGGUAAUAUUUUCACUGCUGUACGCACCACCAACCAUCACCUUUCUGCAGAGUACUCUAUGGCAAUACAGCAACAAUCUCAACUCUCGAUCAGUGAGCCAUCUUCAUCGUCAUCAUCGUUAUCAUUUGCAGACAACAAAUCAACCAGCCAUUUUGAGAAUAAUCUAUCAUCAUCUCUACCAUUUAUAGAUUUUCUGGGAGUAGGCGGUUCGUGAAUUGAUGAGUUACUAGCCCUUUCCAAGUCAUGAUCAUCUUAAUCUUUGUUAAAAUAUGAAGUAGCAAUCUUUCAUUUCUUGUUUUUAGUAACUGUUCUCUUACUUUAUGACAUUGCUGCUUUGCAUGUGUGUAAUAAUUAAUAACUGAUUAAUUGAA